UGUGUCAGGCCUGUGGGUUUGAAUUUGACAUGUGUGAGUGGACGUCAGAAGCAUCUGCUGGCAAAAUUUCCUGGAUGCGCACAAAAGCGAGAGAGAUCCCUGCAUUCGAAUCCACACCUCAGCAGGAUCAAGGAGGUGAUGAUGAAGGUUAUUAUGUAUGGGUAGGCGCUAAGCAUGCUUUCACUCUUAACCAUUUAGACAGCAGGGCUUACCUAAAUAGCUCUGUGUGUCAUUGCCUGGGCAAGAGCUGUCAUCUUCAAUUCUAUUAUGCAAUGGAAAGCAGUGUCCUGAGAGUAAGACUGUAUAAUAAUAAGGAAGAAGAAAUAUUUUGGACAUACAACAUAUCAACUCACAGCCAAUGGGUGAAAGCAGAUGUGUUAAUACCAGAAGAUCUGAAGACAUUUAAGAUUAUUUUUGAAGGGACUCUUUAGAGCCAGAGAAGUUUUAUUGCCCUUGAUCACCUCUGGGUCUAUGCCUGUGGACAGACCCAAUCCAGAAAGCUUUGCUCUGAAGAUGAAUUCCCUUGCACUAGUGGCCAGUGCAUCGCCAAAGAAUCUGUCUGUGACUCUCGGCAGGACUGCUCCGAUGAGAGUGAUGAAGACCCAGCAACUUGCUCAAAGCAUCUCGCCUGUGACUUUGAGUCGGGUUUCUGCGGUUGGGAGCCAUUUCUCACAGAAGAUUCCCACUGGAAGCUGAUGAAAGGAUUGAAUAAUGGAGAGCACCACUUUCCUGCAGCUGAUCACACAGCAAACAUAAAUCAUGGAUCGUUUAUUUAUUUGGAGGCACAGCGCCCCCCCGGGGUGGCCAAGCUUGGAAGUCCUGUUCUUACAAAAUUGCUCACUCCCACUACCCCAUGUCAGGUGCAGUUUUGGUAUCAUUUGUCUCAACAUUCAAAUCUCUCAGUUUUUACAAGAACGUCUCUAGAUGGGAACUUGCAAAAGCAAGGCAAAAUAAUCAGAUUCUCCGAAUCUCAGUGGAGCCAUGCAAAAAUUGAUCUCAUUGCAGAAGCGGGAGAAUCUACUCUACCUUUUCAGUUAAUUUUGGAAGCUACUGUUUUGUCAUCAAAUGCUACCGUUGCUCUAGAUGACAUCAGUGUGUCCCAGGAAUGUGAAAUUUCCUAUAAAUCACUACCAAGGACCAGUACACAAAGCAAGUGUAAGUUUUCCCUUGUCGUUGUUGCUGUUUUAAACAUUGAAUUAAGCUCUUCUCAGUAUCAAAAUAUAAAAUGUAUUAGAGUCACGAAUACCUAAUACAGGGUGUGGAUUAUAUCACCUGUUCUUGAAACCUAAAAUAUA